AUGGGCACAUUGGAUGCUAGCACCGUUGAAUCCUUGGCUUUCAGCAUCGGAGCAACUAAAAUUGCCAUUACAACACCCUUCCUAAUUGAACCACUACGUGAAGCAGCAAUUGGACGUAGCGAAGAGCUCGGGCACACAGUACGUGAACAUAUGGAAGCAAUGGAACCACUGGUGCAGUCCUCAAUACAAGCAGCGUCGAUAAGCUACGAUACGAAAUCGCAGACAACAAUCUUUGAGCAAUGCAAAACAGUUGUUGAAGCGGAACUGCAAAUGCUCUAUGGAUGUAAAGAUGCAGGGGGAAAUCCGAAGGUUCGCGACGGUCAAAAUUUUCGAGAUUUUAUACAAUAA